AGUGAAUGCUGCAGCCAAUGGACGGCAACGGCCUCCUUCUUACUAACAUUCAACCUUUUUGGGUCUAAAUUUCCAACCUUGUCUACCACCAAAUGGCACUCGAAGGGGAGACCCAGUUUCUCGACAAAAUCGAAGAGGCGUUUUCCGGUGGCGUUUUCCAGUUUCUCUGGACGAAUCCGCUCUUUUUCCCGAAGAAGAGCGCUGAGCAGAACUGGCUACUGACUUCAAUGGCUUCUUGUCUUCAGAAGCUCCUGCGAAAAUCAUCACCAACGAAACUUGUUUCUGCUUUGCGCAACCCACAAUCGCCAAACCCCACACCACUUCCCCUUCUUCACCCCCAAAUCCUCUGCGCUGAACCCAGACCAAACCAUGAGCAGAACCCCAAUCAUCUCCUGCCCUUUUCGGGAACCUUCAAAGCGGAGAACUUGACCGACUCGACCCAUUAUCAGUCUCCAGUUUUUUAUCCUAGCUUUCCAUUUGGGUUAAUUUCAGACACGAUUUAUUUACCUGGGUCGAUCCAAUCCGAGCCAGAUGAUGACGACGUUUCAGGUGGUUCAGGGAUUAUUUGGGCUGACAGUGUAAAGAAGAAGAGAAAGAAGAAGAUGAACAAGCACAAGUACAAGAAGCUAAGGAAGCGUCUUAGGAGAAAGACAUAGAUUCCUUCUGUUGGUGAGAUUUUUAAUGUUUUAAUGGAGAAAUAUGUUAGAUUUUGCUAAUUUUGUUUUCCAAAUUUCACAUUAUUCUGCUCUAUAGACUGAAAGAUCACUACUUUAAGGGAAGAGAUUGCUCAAAGCUUGAAUGUGAAACUUUUGAAGGUAUUUUGUGGUGGCAGAAAACUGACUCAGCAGUUGGAAUAUCAUAAUUUGAUUUUAAAGUUAUGAAAUUUAUGAAUUGAAUUGAUCUGAAUAGUUUAAAUAAAGAUUUCUUGGGACA